AUUCAUACUGGAAGUAUUCAAUGGUGAUUGGUUAGUACACUCUGAUUGUCUUUCCUCUGUUGUUUGGGAAUUUUGAAGGGUCUUUGUUCUGCUGUUAACGCAAGAAAUAUCUCCGUCAUCAUCCACAUCUAUUUGUUGGCUGCUCCAUGCUUCGAACACUGGAUUGUACGGCCCUUACAAGCAUUCCUCCACAGUUUUACAUGCCUGAUAUCUUUGGAGCCCAAUUGAGACCAUUAAAGUUGCCACUACUGCAGAGACAAAUUACCUUGGUGAAGCCAUUGGUGGUUGAAGCAAAAGCAAAGGCCAGAGCAAAUACUCGAAAAGAAAGCGCAAAAACUCGAAACAGAAGGAUCCGAAAGAAGUAUGACGGUACACCUGCGAAACCGAGGCUAUCAGUCUUCUGUUCAGCUAAGCAGUUAUAUGCUACGCUGGUAGAUGAUGAGAGGAAGAGAUGCAUAUUUAGUGGAAGCACUUCACAGGAGUCAAUACGCGGGGAUCCUCCAUGUACCACCAUUGAAGCUGCUCGACGUCUUGGUGAAGAGGUUGUCAUGACUUGUGAAGAAUUGGAUAUUAAUGAGAUUUCGUCUUAUGAUCGCAAUGGUUUUGCUCGUGGAGAAAGAAUGCAAGCCUUUGAGAUUGCAAUUUCCGCGUAUGGGUUCUUAGCACGCUAGAUCCCAACUUCUUUGUAGUAUCAAUAUUUCUUCUUGUUGAAUAUUCUGCAGUGCUAUGUAGAGAAGUGUUGACAUUUUAUCAAAGAUCCGUGUGAGCUAUUGACUUGUUUGGCCGUGUUCAA